CCAUUAAAGUUGGAGCAAGUUGCAGUGGAAAACAAGGAAGUACGAAGUGCAAGUCAAGCUGAGGUGUGGCCUGUAAGUCGCUUCACCUCCAUCUACCUGAAGACGGGACGAGUGGCACCGCUAACAGGGACUCUUCUAUUGCGCUUUACAAGGCCUGGCGUGGGUGUAAUGGUGUGCUGUUUGCCAUAAGCAGUCUUCAAAAUGGCAGGUGAUACCAACACACUGUCAUGGAGGGUGCUAAGCCCAGACUUUGAUGGGCCCAAAUCACCAGUGUUUGCCCUUGCUGGAGAGAAAGGCCCUGUGAAAAUCCUUAAAGUCUGCUUCAGCAGCAGCAACAACCUAAAAAACUUCAAACUUGUCAAGUGCGAUAGCUCCUGGCAGAUAAGGGCCAUCAUCCAGUCCAUCCUGAUCAGUGGCCGUUUGGGACCUAAUGUACAGAAUGCCAGUUGCUUUGGCCUAAGACUCAAACAUCUGAAGUCUGAGGAGCAUCACUGGCUACAUCCUGAUUUGACUGUUGGUGAGGUAGAGCAGCGCUAUGAAAAACUCCAUGUGGAGGCAGAGUGGAGAUAUGACCUGAGGAUUCGCUACAUACCAGCUAAUUUCUUGGAGAAGUUUAAAGAAGACAGAACUUCACUGUUAUAUCUCUAUCACCAGGUUCGCAGUGACUAUAUGCAGCACUACUCUAGUAAAGUCAGUGAUGGUAUGGCAUUGCAGCUGGGUUGUCUGGAGAUCAGGAGGUUUUACAAAGACAUGAAUGCCAAAGGCCUUGAGAAGAAGUCCAAUUUUGAAUUGCUAGAGAAAGAUGUCGGACUAGACCUUUUUUUCCCACAGAAACUGAUUGACAGUAUGAAACCGAAGCAACUCAGGAAGAUGAUCCAGCAGACGUUUCAGCAAUAUUGUACACUCAAAGAGGAAGAGUGCAUGGUCAAAUUCUUUAAGACCUAUGGGGAAUUCAUUAACUUUAAUGAAGAGGUUUUUCCUUGUGAACUAGUGCAAGGCUGGAGUCUAACAGUGGAUUUAGUCAUCGGAGCAAGAGGUAUUCGCCAACGUGCACAAAGCGAUUCAUCGACAGUUUGUCUAGCUGAGUUUAAACAGAUCCGAAGUAUUAAGUGCACUGCACAAAGUGACACCAAAUCUCUGCUAGACAUUGACAUCAAGGGAGCUAAACAGCCCUUCUCAGUCAAUGUGCCUACGUUAGCAAUGGCAGAGAACAUGGCUGACCUGAUCGAUGGCUACUGCAGGUUGGAGAACAACACAGAUUCAUCAUUAAUAUCUCGGCCCAAUAAAAAUACAGAGCUCCGUAACUCCCUUCCUGCCAUCCCCUCAUGUCUAGGCAUGCCUGAACCAUCAAAAGAUAAUGAACGGCACAGUAGGAAUUCUGAUAUAUACUGUGAAAUUAUGGAUGAAAAACCUCCACCUCCUGUGGUGAAAUACGGAAUCUCGAGAAAGUCCAUCGUUUUGGGACGUAUUUUGGGCGCAGGUUUUUUUGGAGAGGUCUUUGAAGGAGUUUACAAAAAAGAGAAUGGUGAGAAGAUCAAAGUCGCUGUAAAGACCUGUAAAGAGUGCUCACCUGAUAUCAUGGAUAAAUUCAUGAGUGAAGCAGCUUUAAUGAAAAAGCUGGACCACCCUCAUAUAGUGAGUCUGAUAGGUAUUAUAGAGGAAGAACCUGUGUGGAUCGUCAUGGAGCUCUACCAGCAUGGUGAGCUUGGAGAUUACUUGAACAAAAACCAGAACACUUUGACCAAUGUCACACUAGUCCUGUUUAGCCUACAGAUCUGCAAAGCUCUGGUUUACUUACAGGGAAAGAACAUGGUACACAGAGACAUCGCGGUGAGAAAUGUGCUUGUCGCCACACCAGACUGUGUGAAGCUCGGUGACUUUGGCCUAUCCAGAUACAUAGAGAAUGAGGAAUAUUACAAAGCUUCUGUUACACGAUUGCCAAUCAAGUGGAUGGCCCCCGAGUCCAUAAACUUCCGUCGGUUCACCACAGCCAGUGACGUGUGGAUGUUUGCUGUCUGCAUGUGGGAGAUACUGAGUCGGGGGCAGCAGCCUUUCUUCUGGCUGGAAAACCGAGAAGUUAUUAACCAGCUGGAGACGGGCAUCAGACUGCCUAAGCCAGAGCAGUGCCCUCCUGCCCUGUACUCGCUCAUGACCCGCUGCUGGAGCUACGACCCAAACGAGAGGCCCACCUUUACUGAACUUGUCUGCAAAAUCAAUGAUGUUCACAAAAUGGAGAAGGACCUGGAAGCAGAGACGGAGAGAGGCAGACAGAGAGCCACCAGGUUUCUAGAGCCCAAGUUCAACUUUAGUGAACCUCCUCCAAAGUCUAUUUAUUUGUGCAUGCAGCCCUCAAGACAAAACCCUGGUCGUUUUGGGAAUACCCUCACCAUCGGUCUGCACAUCCAGCUAAGUGAGGCUUUGUGUGCCAGCUCUCCAGAUUUGGUUAGUCCAAGUGAUUAUCAGUCUCCUGUAGACUCCACCAACAACCUCGUAGUUCCCAACAUGCCUGUUCGGCGCCUCAGUCUUGGAGAGGGGGAGUUCAGCGUAGGACCAACCAGCAUGGAGGACGCACAGCGCCUGUGGCAGUUAGAAAAGGCACGGAUGCAGGAGACCAUAACGAAACAGAAAGAUGAGAUGGUGGAGGACAAACAGUGGCUGGAGAAAGAGGAGAAACUUCUGGACCCUAAAAUAAAUGAGAGCAAAGUGAUGGAACCAGACCCUCAGCCGAAUAACAAUGAACUUCAAAAGCCCCCUGAAAAGCCCCCAAGAAUUUCCGUGCAGCCUGCCCCAACAGCAGAGCUAGAUCGCUCUGAGGACAAGGUGUACCAGUGUGUCAUGGAUCUGGUUAAAAUGGUAGUGCAGCUGAAAAAUGAUGUGAACACACUACCAUCCUCUGAGUACAUAUCCAUAGUCAAGUCUGUUGGAAUGACGUUGAGGGAUUUAAUUUCCAGUGUUGAUGAAAUUAUUCCCUCUUUACAAGGAGCUAUAAGGACUGAGAUUGAGGGCACACAGAAGCUGCUGAAUAAGGACAUGGCGGAGCUGAUUGGUAAGAUGCGGCUGGCCCAACAAAACGCAAUCACCUCUUUGAAGGAGGAGUGCAAGAAGCAGAUGCUGGCAGCAGCUCACACGCUGGCCAUGGAUGCCAAAAACCUGCUGGAUGCAGUUGACCAGGCGCGUGUGCGUGCCAACCUGGCCAAGCCCAAACCUGAGAGUGCAGAUUCCAAUGAUACAGACUAGAGAGAGAAGGAGGGAGGGAGAGAGAGAGAGAGAGAGAGAGAGAGAGAGAGAGAGAGAGAGAGAGAGAGAGAGAGAGAGAUACAGUAGAAUUUAUACAUAUAUAUAUAUAUAUAUAUAUAUAUAUAUAUAUAUAUAUAUAUAUAUAUAGAGAGAGAGAGAGAGAGAGAGAGAGAGAGAGAGAGAGAGAGAGAAAUAAAUGGCUGAUUAGAAAUUAUACUAUCACAUAAUUUUCAUUUUAGUCAGGAACCCCGACUGUCUCUGGACACUGGACAACUACAAAGUCUGGCUUCAAGAAAUAUAAUCUUCAAUAUAGGCGAGUUAUGGGGCAUAUUUUAGUGUGAACUAAAUUUCUUGGCGAAAUUUUGGACUCAGUUUCAUCUAUAUUCUGGAGAGCAACCUCGCUUCUCUACAGUGAAGUAAUAUAUUCCCUUCAGUUUCCUGUUCUGAACUGCAGGCUGCUGAUACAAUCAAAUACAUGCCUUAAAUUCAGUGGCAGCGUGUUGCUGUAUAAAGGGAUGAUUAGCUCUAAUACUAUUAGUGUAAAACUUUUGCAAACAGUCAGUGGUCUAGACAGAUCUUCACUAAUAUAUAGAGCAAAAGAAAGAAUCUUCUUUCAUAUUCUUUCUCAAAUCUGUACGGUUCAAGGAUAUCUGACGACAUAUUUAGAAGCAAGAGUUAGAUCAAAUUUUAUCAGGUUUCAUAAAUGACAUGUUAGUGUUGAGUCUUGAAUUUUUUUGUUCAUUUUUGCAACAAACCAGCUAAUAAAAUGACAAUAAAAUAAAUGUCUCAUAAUGAACAUUUGUAUGACAUUAAAAACAAUUUGUAGAUGUGUCUGUGGGUGUUAUAUAACUACUGUUUUGAAAUAAUUAUCGAAUUAUAUAAAAUCUCUGGGUCUUAGUUUAUUAAGUACUUUGAUUAGUGAUAAUGAAAAAUGUCUCAUUUCACGAACACAAGGCAUAAAAAAGGUGCGUAAUUCAUCUGAAAAUAUGACAAAUGACCAUUAGCAAAAUGUAUAAACUCGGUUUAGGCUGAAGAGCUUGUAGUUUUAAAUCAUUGCCCUGUACUGUAUCUUGCAUCUAUGAACUCAUUUAAUUGUGUAAAGUGAAUUUUGUACAAGACUGUCAUUCAUUUCAAAAGAAUAAAAUCAAAAGUGAAA